UCUAAAGUCAAUCUGCAAUGACAAAGCUAGCGGUUACUUCACAAGGAAGUAGUGGAAGUUGUAGUUCGAAAAUGUUUAAUUAGCAGCCUUUACGAUUUGUUAAUACGUUUGUGUAGUUAAUGUAACAUCUAAAGAAAGGUAAUGUGGAAAAAUAGCUAGUGUUUUUCAGAUAUUUUAAUCCGGGCGUUUCUCUCGCCGUUAACGCAGUUGUGAUAUCGCGAGGGAUUAGAUGUUUCACUGUGCGCUGGUGUGAUUGUGGUGCAUGUGCGUCUAUUCACGCUCAGUGAAUGCAACUACUGGUGCGGUUUGGUGUCCUUAGUUACAGCGGUUCGGUUCUCUCGCUCUCUUUAAGAAGCACUGGAUUUCUAGCACGUAAGAUCAUGAAUUCGGGCCAAAAAGUGAAGUGCAUGAGUGAUGGUGCUGGAAAUGUAGGCAGAUGCGUUAAGGAUGACGCGGAUUCCGACGGACCUGCUGGCGGAGACUCACUGAUGGUGGCCGAAGAGAGACAUCCGAGAGCUGCCAGUCCCCGCGGCGCUAACGGGGAUGAUGACUCUGAAGCGGAGUCCCACCUGGACGGGCGUAACGUGGAAGUGGACCCGGAUACCAGAAGGAGGGCGUUCAGCUGGUGCCGAGACUUUCUGUCCGGGUCAUGGAAGGCUAUAUCAGAACAUGACUUUAAGAUCAAAAUAGUAAGUGGAGGACUCAGUAACCUGCUCUACAUGUGCAGUUUACCAGAUGAUGUUCAGCCUGCCGGGGUCGAACCUCGGAGAGUUCUGCUCCGGAUCUACGGGGCCAUUCUGCAGGGAGUGGAUUCUCUUGUUUUGGAAAGUGUGAUGUUUGCCAUUUUAGCAGAGAGAGAGUUGGGCCCACGUCUCUAUGGCAUUUUCCCAGAAGGGCGUCUAGAGCAGUACUUGCCUAGUAAUCGAUUGUGUACAGAGCAGUUGGGGAUCCCAGAGAUCUCGGCUGAAAUAGCCAGUAAGAUGGCACGAUUCCACGGCAUGGUGAUGCCAUUCAACAAGGAACCCAAAUGGCUGUUUGGAACCAUUGACAAGUACAUGGAACAAGUUAAAACAAUCAAAUUUGUGCGUGAAGCUCACCUUAAGAAAUUUAACAAGCUGAUGAAGUAUGAUCUUCCUGCAGAACUGGAGAGUCUGAGGUCACUGCUGGCAGCUACUCCCUCUCCCGUUGUGUUCUGCCAUAAUGAUGUGCAAGAAGGAAAUAUCCUCAUGUUGGAUGGGCGAGAGAAUUCAUCUGACAAAUUAAUGCUUAUUGAUUUUGAAUACAGCAGCUAUAACUACAGAGGCUUCGAUUUUGGGAAUCAUUUCUGUGAAUGGAUAUAUGACUACACAUAUGACCAGUGGCCCUUCUACAAGGCAAAGGUGGAGAAUUACCCUGACAGACAACAGCAGUUACAUUUUAUCAGACACUAUCUGUCAGAAAGAGGGGGAAUUGCACCUGCAGACCAAGCCAGGAUAGAAGAGGACAUGAUCAUUGAGGCAAACCGGUUUGCCCUUGCGUCUCAUUUCCUCUGGGGUUUGUGGUCCAUUAUUCAAGCCAAGCUCUCCAAAAUCGAGUUUGGAUACAUGGACUAUGCACAGCACAGGUUUGACACAUACUUCAAACAGAAGAAGCUCUUUUCCUAAAUUGCACUCACAGAGCAUGCUUCAGGAUAUCAUUUUGCAUCACCUAUUGUUUUUUAAACCACUCAAGAAAGGGCACAGUACAGAAAGACUGUUAAAGAACGGUUCAUCCUGGGUAACAUUAUUAUUAUCAAAUCAUGAAAAAGUCCAAAGAUAUCCUGCCUUACAUUGAUUUUGUAGGGCUUUAUAGUUGUUUUGUCUGCAACAAAAAUCUGCAACUUGAAGGAAAAAAAUGGUGUGAUUGAAACCAAGAUUUAAUUCAUUUAAUGUUGGUCCCGCUUCAUUACACAAGGCAUAUAAUAAUGUAGCUGCAUUUUUUUUUAAUAUUUAAUGUUUACAUAUUAUCUAACAUAUGUGGUCAACAUUAUCUAUUAAUUAUAUUAAGAAUCAAUCCGUCCAUCAUCAGUACUAUGUAAUCCACUGGGUCCAAAUGAUAUGUCUGCAUUUUUGUGUCCUAGUUUCAUAUACUGUUUGUAUGUCCUGUCAUCUUAAAAAAAGUGUAGUAGCUUGUUUAUUUUUCCUCCCCCAAAAUUUUAAAAGAUUUACGAAAUCAUGUUGCAUCCUUAUAUUUACAUACUGUGAAAUACAUUGCACAUCUUUUUUUUUUUUUUUUUUUUUUUUUUUUUUAACUCAGAAUGGCACAUAAACUACUGUUUCUUUGUCUUGAUUUUGAAUGGCUAUAUUUCAUAUAACAAUUUCGGCUAAAAAAAAUAAUAAUUGGAAAUGAUUGUUUUGAGCUAUGCUUUUCUGUGUUUUACUUUUAAUCUUUUUUUUAUUAUUGUUAAAUCUCUGCUUUGCCAUAUUUAUAUGUAGUAAUAACUAUAUAACCAUCUUGUAUACAUUUGUACAGUAUAUAGGUUUGAAUACAGUUUGAACUGCACAUUAAGGAACUGCACUUAAAAAAAAAAAAGUGUGUAAGUACUAAACUGACAAAUGCCUUUGUCCCAUUUCUAAACACAAAAUUCUUGUAACUGCUGAUGUGUUUGUCUGUUUUAAUUGUUUUAUGCUUAUUUAUAUUUUUUACUUGUCCAAAGCAAGUAUACUUUGUUCAGUUCAAACAAAUGGUAAAUUUAUCUCUGAUUGCUUGAGUCUUCAGUUGAAAAGUGGCAGCAGAAGAACAAUACAAAUGCGGCAUAGUAUCAUUACACUGUGAAUUGGAGGGAUCAUCAUCUUAAGAAUCACUUUGGGAGUGUUUGAAUGGACAUACUGAUGCUCUUUCAUUUGUCCCUGUCCAUAAACAAAUGUAUAUGUUUCAUUUUCAUAAUGAUGAUUUUCUUUCCCAUAUGUAGUAGCAAGUUCAGUUGCAAAAGAAAUAUUGAGGGACCAUGAGGGUAUUGGGCUGGGCCACAUUCACAUGCUCAUAUCAUUGUUGAUAUUGAAUCUUUGUUUCGUAAUAUUGAGUUGAGAAGCAAUAGUACUCUUAGAACCCAUGUUCAUUUCUCUAAUUGCUAUGGCUAAUCCAAGUUAUACUGUAGACUUGUGUCUCUAUUUCUGUUUGUUCCUUUGCACUGCAGGUAUCCAGUAAUUUUGUUCAUUAAAAAAAAUCAUACAGACA